UUUACAGUAUUUUAAACACAUUGGUCGGCGCCUCAGCACAGCUACUGCACCUCUUCCAAAAUGCAGUUUUAUACCCAAAGAGUACACCGGCCCUAUAGUUCAAAAACUGAACAAAUUGAAGAUGGAUAAUAUACCAUCUGUGCAAGCCAAUAUGUUUAAGAAACCGGUGGUCAUUCACCAAGGUCAUAUGCAGUGGCUUUUCGAUCAUGAAGGCAAGAGGUAUUUGGACCUCUUUGCAGGCAUCGUCACCGUAUCCGUAGGACAUUGCCAUCCUAAGGUGUCUGCGGCUCUUCACGAACAAAUCGAUACUCUGUGGCACACAACUAGUAUCUACAAGCAUCCAAAAGUAUACGAAUACGUUGAACAACUAACUGCCAAGUUUCCUGGCGAUUUGAAAGUGGUUUAUCUAGUAAACAGUGGUAGUGAAGCCAAUGAUCUGGCAACACUGCUGGCGAGAGCAUACACUGGUAACCACGACAUCGUCUCUCUUCAAGGUUCCUACCAUGGGUACUCUAGUGCAUUGAUGGGCCUCACUGCGACACAGUCUUAUAGAUACCCUAUCCCUGUACCUACUGGGUUUUAUCAUGCGAUGUUACCCGAUCCAUUACGCGGUCUGUGGGGGGGAUGCCGCGACUCUUACUCCCAGGUACCCGGCGCCUGUUCGUGUCCAGGGGAUUGCGUCACAGCUGAUAGAUAUAUACACCAACUUAAAGAGUUAUUAGAACAUUCAGUUCCAAAGGGUCGUCUGGCAGCUUUCUUUGCGGAAUCAAUCCAAGGCGUGAAUGGUGCGGUGCAAUUUCCGAAGGGAUAUUUAAAGAAGGCGAAAGAAUUGGUGAAAAGAUACGGUGGAUUAUAUGUUGCUGAUGAAGUUCAAACCGGCUUCGGACGUACGGGCGAUGCAUUCUGGGGUUUCCAAAACCACGAAGUAAUGCCAGACAUUGUGACUAUGGCAAAGGGAAUUGGUAAUGGUUUCCCCCUCGCCGCUGUUGUUACUACUAAAGAAAUAGCUGAUGCGCACAAGAAGGCGUCCUACUUUAAUACGUUUGGAGGGAACGCUCUGGCAGCCACUGUUGGGAAAGCUGUGCUUGACGUAAUAGAGGAAGAAAACAUUCAAGAGAACAGCAAAAUCGUUGGAAAGUAUUUCAUUGAUCAACUAAUGCAAUUACAAAAGAUACAUCCUGCUAUCGGAGAUGUUAGAGGCAAAGGUCUAAUGUUGGGUGUAGAGUUAGUAAGCCCUGGGACUAAAGAUCCUUUGAGCCCAGAAGCAUUCUCGAAUGUUAUGGAAGACGCAAAGGAUAUGGGGGUUUUAUUCGGAUGUGGGGGAAGAUAUGCUAAUGUGUUACGAAUUAAACCACCUAUGUGCAUAAACAAAAAAGAUUUUACCUCUAAAGUUGUGAAAUGUGAGCCUACGAAAGAGCCAAUAGUUGAAUAUGGGAAAACUUCGAAGUUCGAGGGUUACCAAAUAACACUCGAUAAUACAAUUCUAUUCCCAGCUGGUGGAGGCCAGCCUCACGAUAGAGGUUGGUUAAAUGAUAUUGAGGUAUUGCAAGUCCUCCGGAAAGGUGAAGAAGCCCUCCAUUUUACUGACAAACCUCUUGAAGUUGGUGCGGUUGUCUCUCAGAAGAUAAAUUGGCAGAGAAGGUUUGACCACAUGCAGCAACAUUCAGGUCAGCAUCUUCUCUCAGCAAUCCUGGAAAAUGAGCACAAUCUCCCAACCACAAGCUGGUGGCUAGGUGCUGAUGAGAGUUAUGUUGAGUUAGACCGAGCGAGCGUCGAUGGGGAUAUUUUAAGAGCCACUGAGGAUAGGUGCAAUGAAUUGAUUCGAGCAGCCGUGCCUGUUACAGUCAAGUUUUUGAAAGCCAAUGACCCUAAUUUGGAUAAGGCCCAUACGCGUGGAUUGCCAGAAGAUUGUAUGGAUACCAUCAGAAUUAUAUGUAUUAAAGAUGUGGAUGAGAACAUGUGCUGUGGCACUCAUGUGUCCAAUUUAAGUCAACUGCAAAUGAUUAAGUUUCUGGGUGCUGAGCAGGGCAAGAAAGGAAAAACAAACCUAAGAUUCCUUGUUGGAGACCGUGUUAUUAAAACUUUCCAGGCUAUGCUGGAUAGAGAGAAAGCACUGACAGGCUUGCUGAAAAAUGAACCAAUGAAGCAUGAGGAACUUGUGCAGAAGCUACAAAAGAAUCUCAAAGUCACAAACAAAAAUCUACAAAAUGUCCUCUCAGAUUUGGCUCAAUACGAAGUGGACAAAAUAAAAAGUGCAGAGCCAAAGCCAAAAUUCGUAUUUAUGUUUAAAAAGGAAGCAACACCUGAUUUUAACCGGGUUAUAUGCAAAGCUUUGGAAAAUGAAGGAAUGUUCAUAUUCUGUGCUUCGGAGGAUCCUGAUAAGCCGAAGGAAGGACAGAUCAUGAUGCAGGGGCCAGAGGAACACUGCUAUAUUUUGGGUCCACAGAUCACACAAAUGCUAAAUGGAAAAGGUGCAUUUAAAAAUGGUAAAUUUCAAGGUAAAGCUGGUGAUUUGACAAAUAUCAAUAAAUGCAAGAAAAUUAUAGAUGAUUACUUCAACUGCCUAUAGUAAAAUAAAAUAAAAGUUGUGUGUUUUGAAAUAUGUUUUUAUUUAAACAAACUUAUACUAUAUUGGUACUAAAAACAGCCCUGACUUGGCCCAUGUUAUAUAUAUACUUUAGCAGUCAGGGAUCACAUACAAUAGUAUUAGAAUUUUUAAAUUAGUCCAGUAACUCUAGGAACAGGAAGGAGAUAACGCAAAAAAAUUGUUGAUUUGUAUCAGACAGGGGCUUUUAUUAUGUAACAACAAAGGAAAAUAAUGAUCAUAGUACUGGCACCAGUGGCCCAAUCAAGAGCAAUAUCUAAUUUGUGGGAGAAUUAG